AUGGCAUCCGCGGAGACCCCAAGACCGCAUCCAUCCCUUGCUCGCUGCGACGCCACAGACCCCUCGACCACCCCAGAGAAGUUGGUUGACAUCAUCAAUCGCGAUGGUGGUGUCAUAGUAGAGAAGCUCGUCACCCGUGAUCUUGCGGAGGCGAUCAAGAGGGAUUUGAAACCGUACUUCGAUGGAGACAUCCCGGACAAAUCAGGCUUUUUCCCAGUGACGACUCAGAGAGCCUCCGGCUUACUGGGCAUCUCAGACAACUGCGUCGAGCUUGCGUGCAACAAGCUCUAUACUGACGUUGCCAACAUACUCGUCUCUUCGUCACACACCUUCUGGAGGGGCGACCACCAGAAGACCGUCAGCGGGAAGCCCAUCAUCUCCUCGACGGUCGGCUUCCGCGUCAACCCGGGCGGCAGGCGGCAGGUCUUGCACCGCGAUGACAAUGACUAUCAUCCUCAUGAUAAGCAGCUGCCGGUGAUGAUCGGCUGCGUGACCGCGUUGACCAAGACCACGGCGGCCAACGGGGCCACGGUUGUUAUCCCGGGGUCGCACCUCUGGGGCCCAGAGAGACGGCCGCUGGACGAGGAAACCGUUCCCGCUGAGCUUGAGCCCGGUGACGCGUGUGUCUUCCUCGGAAACACUUAUCACGCGGGUGGAGGAAAUGUCACCAAGGACGAGUAUCGGGAGACGGUUGGGAUAUUUCUCUGUCAGCCAACUCUGCGUCCAGCGGAAAACCAGUUUCUCAUGGUUCCCCUGGAGAAGGCAAUGAAGAUGAAGCCACAGGCCCAGAGGCUCCUAGGUUAUGGUAUAUGUGAGCCGGGCGUAGGUUUCAUGAAGUACCAGGACCCCAUGAGAGUGUUGUUUGGGGUUGAGGAUGAGGAGACUGUCAAUUUCUGA